GUGUCAGUUCUGGCUCGCCUUUCAAUGGAAUCUCCUCUGAGUAAGUUUCUAAUCGUUUCGAGUAAUAUUUUGCGGCCAUCACCUCUAACUUUGCUUCUUCGGUCAUAGGCAUUCGACCAAGGCGCGCUGUUCCUCCGCAGCCGCCACUUCGAUGACGAAUCAUGGCUCAGCCAUUUCCAGCCCUCCUGCCUCUGCCCCAGACACUCCGGAUACCGGAUACACCAGCACCACCACCGUGGUGGUUGAGUUGACUUCCUUUGUGACAGUCACCGAAACUCUAGACAUCGGAACCUCUGCAACUCCCAACAGCAACUCAGCUCAACCAAUCUCAUCUGGAGCCUCGGACGGUGUUCUGACCACCACUGCUUCACCCAUGACUGUGCAGCCAGUCUCUCAUGCGACCAGCACCACCAUUUUCCGAACUGUGACAAGCACCAUUUCUGGUGUCGCAAAGACUGUGACUAUCACGGAGACUCGGGCUAUCGGCACUGGAGUUGGUACUGAAAUUGGCAGCUCGGUCUUGGGAACGCACAGCAACCCUGCUCCAUUUUCCACGACGGCGACUGCUCUGCCAACAGGUGUGACUGCGACUUCUGGCACCCUCGUCACGCCGGCGGUUUCUGGGAAUGUCACCUGGAACUACACCUCCACCAACCCAUUCCCACCUGGCCCAGCAUCGACCACCGUAUUCCCCCUGGUCUCUGGUGGCUCUUCUAAGCCGAAGACCAAGGGAGGCAAUUCGGGCAAUGGCUCCAGCGGUGGCAGCUGCAUCCUGAUGCUCGCUGCCAUUGCGGUCGGGUUCAUCUCUCUCUAACCAAGAUGGCACUCUCAUCUCGUGCCCGGCAGUUGGGAUAGCACGGCAUCCUCAAUAUGGCGUUUGAGGGGUUCUCCUUUAGCCAUAGCUUCGACUGCGACUUGCACUGGAUGGGCAUCUUGGCUGGAUAGUGAAUGGGAGGAUCUGUUUUCUUAUCUGGAAAUGCAUCAGGCUCUCUCCGUCAAUUUUUCCUUUAGUUGACGAAUCUCGUUGUUGAGAUCUCGGGUUCAUAGAUGAGGAAGGGAUGGGGGUUCGGCCACCCUACGUUUUAUUUGCUGGGGACGAGAGCAAGAUCGCCUCAUAUCACUGGGCAGUUUUCCUGCAGUUUUUCCUUUUUUUAUCGCGACAAAAUCGGCCUCCUAGCUAGUAGGAGGAGCUACGAAGCCUCCAUGUUU